UUAAAACUAGCUAGCUGAAUCAAGAUAUCCUAAAUUACUUAUAUAUAUGAGCACUCUAAUCUUCCAGGUCUCUAAAACAAAAAUUAUUCAUAUUUGAUCACAAUUAAUAACACUUGGUUCGAUAGAUCCGGUCGGGCCGGGAAAUAGAAUGGCGGUUGUAGACAGCGGUGUGAAGACGUCCAGGGAGCUUGAUCAGACACCAACAUGGGCGGUGGCCGGAGUUUGCGCCAUCAUCAUUCUCAUCUCCCUUGCUCUCGAAAAGGGUCUUCAUAAAGUCGGCACUUGGUUCACAGUAAAGCAAAAGAAAGCUUUGUUUGAAGCGUUGGAGAAGGUGAAAGCAGAGUUGAUGAUUCUGGGAUUUAUUUCGUUGUUGCUGACAUUUAGUCAAUACUACAUAGCAGAAAUAUGCAUUCCAGUUAAGGUGGCCAAUACUUUUUUGCCCUGUCCGCUAAAGUACCCGGCAAAAUCCAAGCUCCCUGGCGGCGCUAGGAGGCUUUUCUCGUUAGAGCGCCGGAUUCUGGCCGGUGGCAAAGGCGCCGCUUGUAAGAAUGGAAAGGUGCCGCUUAUAACAGUGGAAGGGCUGCAUCAGUUGCAUAUAUUGAUAUUUUUUAUGGCAGUUCUUCAUGUUAUAUAUAGCGCAACAACCAUGGGGUUGGGUAGAUUGAAGAUCCGGGGUUGGAAGCAGUGGGAGGAGGAGACGUUGUCCCCUGACUAUGAGGUUUCAAACGACCCAUCAAGAUUCAGACUUAGUCAUGAGACUUCUUUUGUGCGCGCCCACACCAGUUAUUGGACUAAAAUUCCCAUCUUCUUCUACAUGGGAUGCUUUUUCCGUCAAUUUGCGAAAUCGGUUAGCAAGUCAGACUAUCUUACUCUUCGGAAUGGAUUCAUCAAUGUUCAUUUGGCACCGGGAAGUAAAUUUAAUUUUCAAAGAUACAUAAAACGUUCGUUAGAAGAUGACUUUAAAACAAUUGUUGGCGUAACUCCUUUCCUGUGGGCAUCGUUUGUUUUCUUCUUGUUCCUCAACAUCGAUGGUUGGCUAACAUUGUUUUGGGCAUCCUUAAUUCCUCCCAUUAUAAUAUUAAGUGUGGGGACUAAGCUUCAAGCAAUAAUAACAAGAAUGGCACUUGACAUUUCUGAAAGACACGCUGUGGUACAAGGAAUGCCUCUCGUGGAAGGGUCGGAUAAAUACUUCUGGUUCGGAAAGCCAAAAUUACUCCUUCAACUUAUCCACUUCGCCUUAUUUCAAAACGCCUUUCAAAUCACCUAUUUCUUGUGGAUUAUGUAUAAGUUUGAGCUCACAUCUUGCUUCCACGACAAUUUUGGCCUCCGAAUUGCAAAAGUCGUUUUUGGAAUUGGAAUCCUCUUCUUGUGCAGCUAUAUCACUCUCCCACUUUAUGCACUUGUAGCUCAGAUGGGGACACAACUAAAGAGAUCAAUAUUUGAUGAGCAUACUUCCAAGGCAUUGGAGAAUUGGCGUAAAGCUGCCCUAAAAAAUGAACAAAAUAUAUGACACAUUUAAAAACAUUUAUACCUCAUUUAUACCUUCCUCGUGUAAACCUUAAUUAAUAAUGUUUGAAAUUUUAUUUACGCUGCUUAAAAAGUGAAGCAAGCGUUACUGUUGAUUACAGAACUUAUAGAAUCAUUCAUAAUAUCAUUUUAAAUGUUUAUAAGUAUAAAUGUUUGCAAAAUCAUUUACAUAGUCGAGUAAAAUAUUUAUAUUUAUAUU